UCGAUGGAUCAAUGUUAUUGUAGAGGGUCGCUGGGAUAAGGCAUGAGGAGGAAGGCGUAAGGAUUGAAUGAGGACGGAGCACCACAAGAAGGCUUAGGAAAUAUAGAGCACGGCAAACACGGCCAGAACCCAGAUCGCACUUACGAACGAAGGGGAAAACAAGACGAGGCAACAACGAGGCACGAGGCGAGCCUAGGCGAGCCUAGGCGACGACGACGACGACGACGAGCUCACCCACCAGCCCUGGACGGCUGGAAGGCGCGACAGAGGUGGGUGGAUGCACAAGGGCCAAGGGCCAACCACAGACAGGCGCAAGAAGGAAAGAACAACUUGGGUGACGAGGGUAGGAGAGACAGGGAGGGAGACUCCAACGAACGAAGGGGUCGUCUUAUUCAUUGACUGACUCUUUCUUCUCGUGGAGAAACAUUCCCUGGAGGCGUCAGGAGAAGAAGGAGUUCCCUCACGCCCGUCUGACUCGUGCAUGGACUCCAUCCAACUCCAUACAUUCAGGACCACUCGAUCGCCCCUGGCGAAAGACGGACUGACCACCCAACCGAUCGAUCGAUCGAUCUCGGAAACACAGACUCUUUCCUCCAGGUCAAUCAUAUCGUCGGAUGAUGAGCUGACCCCAACGCAAAAUGGCGGGACUCCAUUGAUCCGACGCAACCAGCGAAAUCACCAAGAGCAUUGGCUGGCUGGGAAGCACCUCAACCACAUAAAACGCGUCACACUCAGAGACGCCCAAAAGGCUAGUAUCAAGUCUUGGGCAAAAUCGGGAAAUCACUCCCAGACCGCAUCUAGCGGUCUAGUGGUCUACUGGUCUACUGGUGCGACACUUGACCAGUAGAGGCAGAGGCGUUGUUUCCCUUUCACGUCGUCCAGUUCUCAGACUCGAUGUUGCGCGGGUUCCUCUUGAUUCUGUUGGCGAUCAGCCUGGUCCAGUCUCGGGGAGUGGAUGUUGUGGCUCCCAUCCAGCCCCUGGAAUCUGAGCUCAAAGUCAAAUUUGUGACGGUUAUCUAUCGUCAUGGAGACCGAACGCCCAUAGAUCCCUACCCCACUGACCCGUAUAAGGACGCAUCGGAAUGGCCCGUGGGAUUCGGUCAGCUCACCGUACGAGGGAAACAAAUGCAGUACGCAUUAGGCCAAUAUUUGCGAGCGCGAUAUGGACAACUCUUGGGCCAAAAAUAUGGGGAAUCUUUGAUAUAUGUUCGAUCCACCGAUUUUGAUCGUACCUUGAUGAGUGCCGGGUCAAAUUUGGCGGGCCUGUUCCCACCUAUUGGUACCGAGGUAUGGAAUGACCAAUUGCUGUGGCAACCCAUUCCUAUCCAUACGGUUCCGGGCGACAUUGACAAUCUUUUGUCCAACCAUGCCAAGUGUCCUCGCCGAGAUAAAGCCCAAGAUGAAGUCUUGGCCUCUGACGAGGUGCACAAGUUGAACCAGCAACACAAGGAACUCUAUGGAUAUUUAACGGAGCACUCUGGGACGAGCAUCACGAAUAUGGUGGAAGUGGACUAUAUCUAUGACACUCUCUUUAUUGAACGGAUCUACAACAAAACACUUCCAAAAUGGACGCAAUCUGUUUUUCCCGAUAAGAUGAAAUAUCUUCGUGAUUUGAGUUUUAUUGUUUCAACUUGGACUCGUGAAUUGAAGCGACUGACGGCAGGCCCGCUUAUCUCGGAUAUUCUGACUACUUUCCGAAAAAUUCAAAGUGGAGAGAAUCCCCGAAAAAUGCACAUGUAUUCGGGACACGACACAACGAUAGCCAGUCUUCUGAAUGCCCUUGAAUUGUUAGACCCAGUUGUGGCUCCGCCUUACGCUUCGUCCGUUUUGGUUGAACUUUUGAGCACAUUUAAGCCCCAUCAGCCUAAGUACUUCGUCCGAAUCUUGUACCGAAAUGACUCUUCACGAGAGCCUUACUCGCUGCAACUACCGGGAUGUCAAGAGUUGUGCCCUUUGGACGAUUUUGACCGCCUGACGGUUAACUUGCGUCCUGAAUCCCAUUGGGCUCAAGAGUGCUCUCUGGGGGAUCAAGAAGACGAUCUAACUAUGGAAUUCAUCACGUUCGUAUCGGUCAGCAUUGGGAUACUGCUCUUCGUUAUCCUGACUCUCGCUGUGAUAGUCAAAUGCUUUCGUGGAAAAGGAACUAAUUUUGGAUACGCGACCAUAUCUCAGGAGAGAAGCCCGUGAUAAGAUGGAUGUAACGACAACAUGUCAGACCAAAUGACCCCAAUUAUGCAGAAAAAAGAAGAACAAUACCUCAUAAGCACAGGGCUGCUUGCCACAUAUAGUUUGGUACGGAGAUCCCUACUUCUGGCCAAAAGCUAUUUUUUAAGCCAUCGCAAAACUUAAAAUCUUCCUCCUGUAUCACGACAUUAUAUUUAUUGACAUAUCACAGACCAGGGACAUCAUGUCAAAUAUGUGAACCGCAUAAGAUUGAAAAUAAACUAAUCUUGCCAUCCGCGA